UGAUACAUUUGAAUACAGUUCAGAAAUUAUAUCAUUAACCUCACAAUGUCCGAGAAUAGCAAAUACGACAAAAACUCAUUACAACAACUCAGCAAUUGUAAUUCUUGGUAUUGACAACCUUUCUAAGCUUAAAGGAAAUUACACAUGUCGAUAUAGCGGGUAUGGAGCAGAGAUCAUAACAGGUUUCAAGAGGUUUGGUAAUGACACUGUACAUUGCAGCAUGCCACAGAUGGAAAAAUUACCAUCAAUUAUAAACCAAAAAGGCUGUUUAAGGAUGAAAGUAUCUAUCUUUUUUGAGAAAAGACCAAUACUAUCGAAAUUGAUCCUUGUCUUUGAUUGUGAAUUAGAAGCAACCAACACUUCCUGUUUAAGAGAAAAUUGUACGGUUGAUGGCUUUUGGAGUCCUUUUGGGCCUUUUGGAGAAUGGAGCAGGUGUAAUCAAACUUGUGGGGGUGGACAUAAAAGCAGGAUUCGGUACAGAACUUGCACUGAUCCACCCCCGUCAGAGAAAGGGAAAUUUUGUGAGGGACCAUCUAUUGAUAGAGAGAUACAACAGUGUAACAAGCAGGGAUGCCCAGUGUAUGGUACUUGGACGUCCCUUCAAGAGUUUCAGGAUUGGAGCCAGUGUAGCGUACAUGUAACAUGCGGUGGGGGAACACAGCGACGCGUGAAAAUAAGAACAUGCAUUACGUCCAAAAUUGAGAAUGAAAAAGAAAUGUGUAAUGGAUCAGCAAUGGAACAAGAAACCCAGUCAUGUACAUUAGGUCAAUGCCCUUCAGGUAUUCGACUGUUCAUUUAA